CCAAAGCAGCCCGUCUUAAAGAGUAUUCCCUCGAUACACGUCGAUGCGUAGCUCCGAAUCGGAAUUGGAAGAGGGAAGAGGGAAGAGGGAGAAGAAGAUGGCGUUCGGGAAGGACGAGGUUGUGGAGAUCGUCAAGCCCCGCAACGACAAGCGGGAUUACCGUAGGGUCGUCCUCCAGAACGCGCUCGAAGUCUUACUCGUCCGCGAUCCCGAAACCGAAAAGUGUGCCGCUUCCAUGAAUGUUGGUGUUGGUUAUUUCAGCGAUCCUGACGGUCUCGAAGGCCUCGCUCAUUUUCUAGAGCAUAUGCUGUUCUAUGCAAGUGAGAAAUAUCCUUUGGAGAACAGUUACUACAAGUAUAUUGCCGAGCAUGGAGGUGUCACAAAUGCUUUUACAUAUUCUGAGCAGACCAAAUAUUAUUUUGAUGUUAAUGCUGACUGUUUUGAGGAGGCUUUGGACAGGUUUGCACAGUUCUUUGUUAAGCCAUUGAUGUCUCCUGAUGCUACCACUAGGGAAAUAAAAGCUGUUGAUUCUGAGAACCAAAAUUAUUCACUGUCAGAUGCUCGGAGAAUGAAUCAGCUUCAAAGACAUUUCAGUUCUGAGAAACAUCCUUAUCACAAAUUCGGUACAGGGAACUGGGAGACUUUGGAGGUUAAGCCUAAAGCAAGAGGAAUUGAUACCAGGAAUGAGCUUCUCAAAUUCUAUGGAGAGAAUUACUCAGCUAACCUCAUGCAUUUGGUUGUAUAUGGAAAAGAUAGCCUUGAUAAAAUUCAAAGCUUGGUGGAGAGCAAGUUUCAGCAGAUCAGAAAUAUAGAUCGAAAUUGUCCGCAUUUUCCUGGUCAUCCUUGCACGCCAGAACAUCUUCAGGUUCUUGUCAAAGCUGUCCCAAUUAAACAAGGUCACAAGUUGAUGAUCAUAUGGCCAAUAACUCCAGGCAUUCGUUAUCAGAAGGAAGGGCCCAGCAUGUAUCUUAGCCACUUGAUUGGCCAUGAAGGAGAAGGCUCUGUGUUCUUCGUUUUGAAAACUUUGGGUUGGGCUACUAGUUUAUAUGCUGGUGAAUUAGAUCGGACCCUUGAAUUCUCUUUCUUCAAAGUAUUUAUUGAUCUGACUGAAGCUGGUCAUGAGCAUGUUGAAGAUAUUGUGGGGCUGCUGUUCAAAUAUAUUCAACUCUUGCAACAGUCUGGUCCUUGCAAAUGGAUAUUUGAUGAGCUUUCAGCUGUUUGUGAGACAGUCUUCCAUUACCAGGACAAAAUUCCCCCUGGUGAUUACGUGGUUAAUGUUGCAUCAAAUAUGCAGCUGUAUCCUCCUAAAAAUUGGCUGGUGGGCUCAUCCUUGCCCUCUGAAUUCAGCCCAAGCAUUAUUCAGUCUCUGCUCAAUGAGUUAACCCCUAACAACGUCAGAAUUUUUUGGGAGUCUACAGCAUUUAAAGGACAUACUGACAAGAUUGAGCCAUGGUAUGGAACUGCAUACUCUGUCAAGAAAAUUGCUGGUUCCAUGAUUCAGAAAUGGAUGGAAUCAGCGCCUGGUGAACGUCUACAUCUUCCUGCUCCGAAUGUGUUCAUUCCUACUGAUUUAUCUCUUAAGAAUUUCCCAGAGAAGGCUAAACUUCCACUUUUGUUAAGGAAAUCACCCUAUUCAAGAUUGUGGUACAAGCCUGAUACUAUGUUUUCUACUCCAAAGGCAUAUGUUAAGAUAGAUUUUAACUGUCCCUAUGCUGGCAACUCACCUGAAGCAGCAGUUCUUACUGACAUUUUUACACGUCUAUUGAUGGAUUACUUGAAUGAAUAUGCUUAUUAUGCUCAGGUUGCUGGUCUUUAUUAUUCCGUAAACCUUGUGGACAAUGGUUUUCAGGUUACUGUGGUUGGUUAUAAUCACAAAUUAAGGAUCCUACUGGAAACAGUGAUUGAGAAGAUUUCAAAAUUUGAAGUAAAGCCUGAAAGGUUUGCUGUCAUCAAGGAGUUGGUGACAAAGGAUUAUCAAAAUUUCAAGUUCCAACAACCAUAUAAGCAGGCUAUGUACUAUUGUUCAUUGAUUCUAGAGGAUCAAGCAUGGCCUUGGAAUGAUGGACUUGAAGUUCUUCCUCAUCUUCAAGCUGAUACUCUUUCUAAAUUUGCUCCUUUGAUGCUCUCAAGGGCCUUCUUAGAGUGCUAUGUUGCAGGAAACAUUGAACCAAAUGAAGCAGAAUCAAUGAUCGAGUAUAUUGAAGAUGUUUUCUUUAGGGGUCCUCAGCCUAUAUCCCUAGCUCUAUUCCCUUCUCAGCAUUUGACAAAUAGAGUUGUAAAGCUUGAAAGGGGCAUGAGUUACUUCUAUCCUGCAGAAGGCCUAUAUCCAAGUGAUGAAAAUUCUGCCCUUGUCCAUUAUAUUCAGGUUCAUCAAGAUGAUUUCAUGCUGAAUGUGAAACUUCAGCUUUUUGCAUUGAUUGCAAAGGAACCAGCCUUCCACCAGCUUAGAUCAGUUGAGCAACUUGGCUACAUUACUAGGCUCAGGCAGAGGAAUGAUAAUGGUAUCCGUGGAGUGCAGUUUCUGAUUCAAUCAUCUAUUAAGGAUCCUAGAAAUGUUGAUUUAAGAGUUGAAGCAUUCCUCAAGAUGUUUGAAAGUACACUUUAUGGGAUGUCUGCUGAUGAAUUCAAGAACAAUGUUAAUGCAUUGAUUGAUAUGAAGCUUGAGAAGCACAAGAAUUUGAGGGAAGAAUCUGCAUUUUAUUGGCGAGAAAUUUCUGACGGAACCCUAAAAUUUGAUCGGAAAGAAUGUGAGGUUGCAGCACUAAAGCAGUUGACUCAAAAAGAAUUGAUAGAUUUCUUCAACAAGUACAUAAAAGUGGGCACCCCUCGAAAGAAAACCUUGAGUGUGCAAGUUUAUGGGAGCCUACAUUCUUCCGAGUACAAAACAGACCAAAACAAGCCAGCCGAACCCAACCUUGUUCGAAUAGAUGAUAUUUUCAGUUUCCGGAGGUCAAGGCCCCUCUAUGGUUCAUUUAAGGCAGGCUCUGCUCAAAUGAAAUUGUGAGAGUUGAAGCAUCAUUUGGGAGAUGUUGCUGCUGAAGAGAGUAGUGCAGAUGGAGUAAUCAAUCUUGACAUGGUGUGAUGAUUGAAAGUUCCAUUCAUGGUUUAGGAAUUCAGAAGUGAAAGCCAGCAAGCAGCCCCUGUUGCUGUCAAGGUGAGUUUAUUGAUGUUCCUCUCAGCUGGUAAAUAAAGAAAUGCAUCUUUGUUAUAAUUUUCUUCAUGCUAUGAACUUGUUACUUGUGUCUCUCGGUCCUUCUACCAGCUCCUGCUGGAUUUAUAAGGGUGUUAUUGCAGUUUAUUCAGAUUUGUAAGAUAAAUAAAUCAUCUUUUCUUUUUCUUGUUUUUUUGUUGGGAUUGGCAUAAAGAAUUUUUCAAUGCUAAAUGUCUCAGAAUAUGGUAUGAGUGUCCA